UGUCCAGUUAUUCCUUAAGUUGGCAUCCUCAACAGACAUGCGUUGUAAAGCAGCUUAACACGCUUGAGAUGUGACCAACUUCAUGGCGCGAUAAAUCGAAAAACACACGAGCAAAGAGAGAGCGCUCAGUUGAAAUUUGUGAUCGAACAUUAGAGAGAGUAUCGGCUCUCAGACCUCGUAUAUUAUGAAAGCAAUGUCCCAUCAUUACAUAGUGACGGCGCACAAACCAACCGCUGUCACUGCUUGCGUGACUGGUAAUUUUACUUCGCCUACUGACUUGAAUCUGAUAUUGGCUAAGAAUGUACGUUUGGAGAUAUAUCUUGUAACACCAGAAGGUCUAAGACCCCUGAAAGAAGUCGGUAUCUAUGGUAAAAUAGCAGUCAUAAAAUUCUUCAGACCGCCGCAUGAAAAGAAAGAUCUCCUGUUUCUAUUAACGACAAGUUAUAAUGCUAUGAUCUUGGAAUGUAUGGGCGAAGGAGAAGAUAUAGAAAUUAUAACAAAGGCUCAUGGAAAUGUGGCAGAUCGUAUUGGAAAAGCUUCCGAAACUGGGAUCAAAGCUGUUAUUGAUCCAAAAGCUCGAGUUAUCGGUCUCAGAUUAUACGAUGGUCUUUUCAAAAUUAUACCCUUGGACAAAGAUAACCCAGAAUUGAAAGCAUCUUCCAUUCGUAUGGAUGAACAACAAGUACAAGAUGUCAAUUUUCUUCAUGGAUGUACUAAUCCUACGUUAAUAUUAAUUCAUCAAGAUAUUAAUGGUAGACAUGUGAAAACACAUGAAAUCAACUUAAGAGAAAAAGAAUUUUCAAAAAUACCAUGGAGACAGGACAACGUAGAGCGAGAAGCUAUGAUGGUCAUUCCUGUACCUUCUCCUAUAUGUGGUGCGAUCAUAAUAGGACAGGAAAGUAUUUUAUAUCAUGAUGGUACUACAUAUGUUGCCGUAGUACCACCAAUUAUAAAGCAAAGCACUAUUACUUGCUACGCCAAAGUGGAUAAUCAAGGAUUAAGAUAUUUAUUGGGAGAUAUGGCUGGUCAUUUGUUUAUGUUAUUUUUAGAGCUAGAAAAGAAGCCUGAUGGAACGCAAGUGGUGAAAGAUUUAAAAGUCGAAUUAUUAGGCGAAAUCAGUAUACCAGAAUGCAUAACUUAUUUGGAUAAUGGCGUAAUAUAUGUCGGUAGCCGUUUAGGUGAUUCUCAGUUGAUCAAAUUAAUUACAAAAGCAGAUGAAAAUGGAUCUUAUUGUGUACCUAUGGAAACUUUCACCAAUCUAGCACCUAUUGUUGAUAUGGCUGUAGUAGAUCUCGAAAGACAGGGCCAAGGACAGAUGGUAACUUGUUCGGGCGCUUUUAAAGAAGGUUCCCUUCGAAUUAUUAGAAACGGCAUUGGCAUACAAGAACACGCAAGUAUCGACUUACCAGGAAUUAAAGGCAUGUGGGCUCUAAAAGUUGGUGGUGGCAAUUUUGAUAAUACAUUAGUAUUAUCAUUUGUUGGACAAACUAGAAUCUUGACUUUAAACGGUGAAGAAGUUGAAGAAACAGAUAUACCAGGUUUUGUUGCAGAUGAACAAACAUUUCAUACAGGCAAUGUCACUAAUGAUUUAUUUAUUCAAAUAACUCCAACAUCCGCUAGAUUGAUCUCGCAUGAGAGCAAAAUGGUAGUUUCUGAAUGGGAACCGCAAAAUAAAAGAACCAUCAGUGUGGUAGCCUGCAAUGGCACCCAAGUCCUUUGCGCCACAGGAAAUGAUCUGUUUUAUAUGGAAAUUUCAUGCAAUCAAAUUGUACCCAAAGGAUUUGCCACAUUGCAACACGAAGUAGCAUGCUUAGAUAUUUCCCCUCUGGAUGGUGUAAAUGAGGCCAAAAUUGUCGCUGUUGGACUUUGGACAGACAUAUCUGUUCGUAUUUUGACUCUUCCUGGUUUAGAAGAAAUCAAUAAGGAGCUUCUUGGAGGUGAAAUUAUACCCAGAUCUAUUUUAAUGACUUGUUUCGAGGGCAACACAUACUUACUUUGUGCCCUGGGUGAUGGCAGCAUGUAUUAUUUCACUCUGUACAAACAAAACGGUGUGCUCUCGGAUAAAAAGAGAGUCACUUUAGGAACGCAACCUACGGUUCUCAGAACCUUUCGAUCGCUCUCAACGACGAAUGUAUUCGCGUGCUCAGACAGACCCACCGUAAUUUAUUCUUCAAAUCACAAACUUGUCUUUAGCAAUGUCAAUCUCAAGGAAGUUAAUCAUAUGUGUUCUCUGAACGCGGAAUCAUAUCCCGACAGUUUAGCAUUAGCAACAGAUAGCACUGUCACGAUUGGUACAAUCGACGAAAUUCAGAAAUUGCACAUAAGAACGGUUCCACUCGGCGAGUCUCCGAGGAGAAUCGCUUAUCAAGAAAGCUCUCAAACGUUCGGCGUCAUUACAAUGCGCGUCGACGUUCAAGAGAGCAGCGGUGUGAGCAUCGUUAGGCAUUCCGCAUCCACUCAGGCAGCUUCCCUAUCCAGUGGUAUCGCAUCGCAUAACAAACCCAGCGGACAUACAGCCAGUGAGAUUGGCCAAGAGAUUGAGGUACACAAUCUUCUCAUUAUCGAUCAGCACACUUUUGAGGUCCUGCACGCUCAUACCCUAAUGCCGACCGAGUACGCGUUAUCACUGAUCUCGACGAGAUUGGGCGAAGAUUCGACUUCUUAUUAUGUAGUCGGAACCGCGUUUAUAAAUCCUGACGAGACUGAGCCGAAAAUGGGUCGAAUACUUUUGUUUCAUUGGAGUGACGGAAAGCUCUCGCAGGUUGCGGAGAAGGAAAUCAAGGGUUCUUGUUAUUCUCUAGUAGAAUUUAACGGAAAACUUUUAGCGAGUAUCAAUAGUACAGUACGUUUGUUCGAAUGGACCGCAGAAAAAGAGCUCAGAUUGGAAUGCAGCCAUUUCAAUAACAUUAUAGCGCUUUAUUUAAAAACUAAGAGUGACUUUGUCUUAGUGGGUGAUCUUAUGAGGUCCCUCACAUUACUUCAGUACAAAACUAUGGAAGGCAGUUUCGAGGAGAUAGCUAGAGACUACAAUCCCAAUUGGAUGACUUCUAUUGAGAUACUAGAUGACGAUACUUUCCUAGGAGCUGAAAAUUGUUUCAAUCUUUUUAUAUGUCAAAAGGAUAGUGCCGCGACGUCCGAAGAUGAGAGACAACAAAUGCAGGAAGUAGGUCAGUUUCAUCUAGGUGACAUGGUCAAUGUCUUUCGACAUGGUUCAUUAGUGAUGCAGAAUUUGGGAGAAUCAAGCACACCUACCCAAGGUUGCGUAUUGUUCGGGACUGUUAGCGGUGCGAUCGGUCUUGUGACACAAAUUCCGUUUGGAUUUUACGAAUUUCUGCGCAAUUUGGAGGACAAAUUAACCAGCGUAAUAAAAAGCGUAGGCAAAAUAGAACACAACUUUUGGAGGAGUUUCAAGACGGAUUUAAAAAUUGAGCAAUGCGAAGGGUUUAUAGAUGGUGAUUUAAUAGAAUCUUUCCUCGAUUUAAGCCACGACAAAAUGGCGGAAGUUGCGAUGGGCCUUAUGAUGGAUGAUGGCAGUGGAAUGAAGAAAGAAGCAACAGUAGACGAUCUUGUAAAAAUAGUAGAGGAUCUCACAAGGAUACAUUAAAUAGUAGUAAACAAAAAUAAAUAAUAAAUAACAUUAAAAAAUAAAUAAUAUAAGUCUCUGUGAAAAGUAUCUGUAAGGAUACGAGAAGAUAUAAGAGAGAGUCAAACGAUGAUUUAAGCGGAAAGGCAAACAUAUAUAUAGUUAUCUUUGUUAUCAUCGAUAGCAAUUUAACGGCAUUACAGAAGCAUGUAAAUCUUCUCUUUUGCGAUCUCCAUAUCCUUUCGUAUAUCAAAUAUGUAUGCAGCACCAAUGUUGUUUUAGCGAUGUUAAAGAUUGCGAAAAAAAUUAAGAUUCCUCCAUCGCUCGUUUAUCGCACGUUUUUUAGUGUCCUUAAUGACAAGCAAUAUUUUCUUUUAAAAUUAUACAUGAAAGACGUAGACUGUAUAUGAUGACACGAGUUAAUAUAUUAUCUUUAAAGAAUACUCAAAUUUGUAGUAUACUUUUAUAACUUUGUAAGAUCGAGUGUAAAUAAAAAAGGACGAGGCACUUU